ACCAACCAAAAAUGAGUGGAAGGUUAUGAUCCCUGCUGAGCCCUUUCUGCUUCACUCUUCCUGCUGCACUCUUCCCUCUGCAGUUUUCCAUCUGCACUUUUUCUGCUGCACCCUUCCUGCCGCAUUCUUCCUGCUGCACUCUUCCGUCUGCACUAUUCCUGCUGCACCCUUCCUGCUGAACCCUUGCUACCGCAUUCCUUUUGCUGGACUCUCUCUGUUGCACUGUUCACCUUGCACUCUUCCUGCCUUCACCUUUCCUGCUGCACUCUUCUAUCUGCACUCUUUCCGCAGCACUCUUCCUACUGAACUCUUGCCGCUACACUCCUCCUGCUACACUCUCCCUGCUCCACUCUUUCAGCUGCACUCUCCCUGCCGCACUCUUCCAACUGCACUCUCCCUGCUGCACUACUCCUGGGACUCUUUUCUUCUUGCCCUCCUCCUGCUGCACUCUUCCAUCUGCACGGUUCCCGCUGCACUCUUCCUGCAGUACCUUUUCUGCUGAACUCUUUCUGCUUCUCUCUUCCUGCUUCACUUUUCCUUCUGCACUCAUCCUCAUGCACUCUUCACGCUGCACCCUUCCUGCCCUCACUCUUCCUGCAGCAUUCUUCUAUCUGCACUCUUUCCGCAGCACUCGUCCUGCUGAACUAUUGCUGCUACAUUCUCCCUGCUGCACUCUUUCAGCUGCACUCUUCCUGCGGCACCUUUCCUGCUGCCCUCUUCCUGAUGCCCUCAUCCUUCUGCAAUCUUUCCACGCCACUCUUCCUGCCGAACCUUUGUUACUGCACUCUGUUUGCUGCUCUUUUCUUCUGCACUCUUUCUGCUGGACUUUUCCUGCUGUACUCGCCAUGCUGCACUUUUCCUGCUGCACUCUUCCUCCUGCACUCCUACUGCUGAACUACUCCUGUUGCGGUUUUCCUUCUGUACCCUUCCUGUUGCACUCUUCCCGCCGCACAAGCGCACGGGCACGAUCGCGCGCGUGCAGACGUAGAACAUGAAAAUAAGAACGCAAAAAGUUUCCGAAGAUGCCGAGGAGAGCAGUAAAAAAAAAGUACAAAUCAGUAUCAGUGUCCGAGAAAGACCUCUAAUGGUGUAAGGAAAAGAUGAGUACGAAGGAGAGAGAAAGGGGUGUGAAUAUGCUAAAACGAAAAAGACGCGAGAGAUACGUGAAGUGGGUGUAUGAGAGUUCAAAGCAACCAAGAAGAACGGGAGGAAGAAAAGUUAGCGAUAAUGUCAAGCAGUGUAGAGAGAGAUUAGUGUAAGGCACCAGAAACAAGUAAGGGAAACAUGAAGAAGUAGCUGUCUAAGUGCGGAACAGGUGAAAAGGGGGAGUAAAGGAAACCAGAAGGAAUCGGAAACCAUGCUUAAAGGAGACGUGAAAAAUGUUCGAGGGAAUACUAAACAAGAGAUAGAAGUGAAGAGACGCAAAGAGUACGUGAAGAAUCCUUUAAUACAUCAUGAUGUAUGCGUGUCUAAUAUCUGAUGUCUAAUGUCUGAUGUCUGAUGUCUAAUGCCGUGACUAAAGAAAAUGAUGGAAGGAAUGGAAAAAAAGGAAAUUAAAGGAGUUAAAUAUAUAAGAUAAUGAGAUUUGGAAAGCCGGAAGAAGGAGAAGGAAGGUGGAGAACUAAGAAAAAAGAGAGAAGUGGCGAUGGUGUGGGGAAUAGAAGAGAGGAGUUUCAAAAAUGACUGUUCGAUGCAAUGGUGAGAGGGAUGCUUAUGUACGAAACGGAGAUGUGGAGUUGGAAUGAAUGGAAGAAACUGGAAGGAAUAGAAAGAAGAUAUUAUAUAUGGGUAUCAGGGCUAAACUACUACUAUAAUUUACUGAUGUGAGGGAAGGAAAAUGUUAACAUAAUGGUCGGGUUCAGAUGGGAUAAUGAGAACACAGAGGUGGAGACAUGUGAAGAGGCAGUAGAGGGAAUCCAGGGAAGCGGAAAGGGGGAGCAAGAGUGAUGUGCUCGAACAGGGAGAAAGAGAAGAGAAGUAGGUGAGGUGGAUCCCAGAGAAAAGAAAAACCGUUUUCUGGUAUCCCUAAAUUCCAGGAAAUGAUGACCAUUUUGUGGCACGGCCCAGAAUUGCAGUUGGAUUUGGAUUUUCCAAAAACACCUUACUUCUGAUUCUUUAUUUUCAUGUUGAAGAACCUCUCCAAACACUUUGUUGUGUUUAGAACAGGACCCUUUGGCACCCCCAGAGUGCGGCAGGAAUUUGGAAAACAUUUUUUACAGAAUUAGAGGACACACCUAAAAACCUAGACAAAAAAACAAAUUCAAACAAUGUCUCUGUUAUAUUCGCUCAGAAGAAGAGAAGAAAAGGAGCAAAUCAAAUUUUGUUACUUUUGGGUAGGUGAGUUCCAAACGAUCUGUUCUGGAUCUUCAGUUUAGUUGGAAAAAAUACUUGUACAGAUGUAUAAUUGCCCAACUUCAACGAGAAGAUUCCAGGAAUACUUGGUUGAAGUGUUUCCCACAAUUCCACGUCCUUGGUCUCUAUAGUGAGAUUUGUUUACGCCACACCAGCUACGGAAAUACGUACAUGAGUUGAUGAUAAGUAUUGAUAGUUACUAAUAAUCUAUAUUUGUGAACGGUUAGAUCGUGGAAAUGUUUGUUUAGACAAGAUAAAGGUAAAGGUAUCAAAGAUUGAUUCAAGUCCAAUCCCUACGAUAAUGAACAUAGUUCUCCCGGUUAUUUUAGCAGUUCUGCACUUGUGUAAAAGUGCCCGAAUACUUGGCGUGAUUCCAACUCCAUCGUACAGUCACCAAGUCAUCUUCCAACCGCUAUGGAAGGAACUGUCUCUACGUGGACAUCAAGUAACGGUACUCACAACGCACCCCAUCAACGACCCAACCCUAACGAACCUAACCGAGAUUGACCUGGGUUUCUCCGUGAAGAUUUUGGAGGAUAAACUUUUAGAGAUCAUCAAUUCUAGCAGCAAUGUGGCUACGGAGAUAGAGCUAACUGCAAAAGUGUUUCAGGUUGUAAACGAUCACCAGCUGCAGCAUCCCGAAGUGAAGAGAUUGAUCGACGAUCCAAGCGAGCACUUUGAUUUAUUAAUCGUCGAGUUAAUCAUGCCGUCCAUGACGUACUUCUCGCGAAGAUUUCGCUGUCCUUAUAUAGGGGUGGUACCCUUUGAGGGUAGCAAUUAUCUUUUCCGAUCGAUCGGUCAACCGGCGCACUCGAUUGUGUAUCCUGAACUGUUCGCGGGAUUCUAUGGGGAAUUGAAUUUGUUGGAGCGCGUUCAGUUGAUUUUUUACGACGUAUUCGUAUACAUUCUCUCGCUAAAGGUAAGCGCCUCCGAAGAGGAGCUGGUGUGGAAGCAUUUUCGGGAUAAAACCCCCACGGAUACCGUUCUUCAGGAGGUUAGCUUACUAUUCGUGAACUCUGAUCCGGUUUUUACUUACGUGCGUCCUCUACUUCCGUCCGUCAUACCAAUUGGAGGAACUCUAGCUAGGGUACCUGUGAAGCCUCUGGACAAGGAGUUGCUGAAUUUUUUGGACGGUGCAUCCAAAGGGUUCAUCUAUUUUAGUUUAGGCUCCAAUGUUAAAGGAAAGGACUUGCCUUCUAGCACCAUGAAGGUUAUCCUGGAAACCUUCGGGAAGCUGCCGUUUAAAAUCCUUUGGAAGUACGAGCUUGAUGACCUACCGAAUAAGCCGAGUAACGUUGUAAUUGCACGAUGGGUGUCCCAGAUGGAAGUUUUAAAACAUCGAAACAUUCGGUUAUUUAUUACUCAUGGAGGAAUACACUCGAUGCAAGAGGCUAUCCAUGCGCGAGUUCCUAUGGUCGGCAUGCCCUUCUUCGUCGAUCAACCGUCGAACGUUAAGAGAAUGGUGGCCAUGGGGUUUGCUCGAUACGUCGAUUACCAAACGAUGACAGUGGAUGACUUUCAAAGCGCUGUACUAGAUGUUAUUCAAAAUCCCAAGUACAGGGAUCGAAUCAGGAAGUUGGCCGACUUGGGCGAGGAUCAACCAACGACCGGCUUGGAACGUGCGGUCUGGUGGACCGAGUACGUUUUGCGCCACAAAGGUGCCCCGCAUCUAAGAAGUCCCUACCUGGACAUACCUUGGUAUCAGUACUAUCUUCUAGACAUUUUCGCUGCUAUUCUCGUCCCCACGAUUCUCGCUAUAUUAGUCAUAAUCAAAUUGGUCAGGCUGAUUAUUUGGAGUGUCAAGAGGAUGUGGCGACGAAAUCUUAAGUUAAAAUCAAAUUAGUAAAUCAAUUCAAUUUUCUGUAGCCUUUAAAGAUUAAAUCACUUGACUUUGGCCCAUUAUAAAUGGGCUCAGUUGAAAUAAGGUAGAUAGAUAGAUAAUAUUACUCAAACUCAUUCAAUACUUCAAAAUUUAGCGUUUAAAUUAACCAGCACUAUUUAGGGGUGUACUAAUUUAAAACGUCACAAUGGAAACUCAUUUAUUUUGGACUUGCUGUCCGCUAACAUCAAGCAAGAAAAUUUGGAACUGUACAGAGAAAGGUUCUCUAAAAUGGGUUAGUGGAAGGCACUAUUUUAAAAGCAUUCAGAAUAACACCGAAGUUUCUAAUUUGGCUCCCAUAGCAUUCGAUAUAUUAUGUAUAUACAUUUUAAAUCCAUAAUGUACAGGGAAUAUCUUGUGCAUCUUGUGUAUAUACUAUUGUAACGUGAUUUAUAAAUUCGGGUUUGAUUUAU